AUGAAGGAGCCAGAUGAUCAGGAUACUGAUGAGGGGAAAUCAGGUAGGUCACAGAGCAAUGGAAGGCAGUCUCCAGGGUCCUCUCAAACUGCAUCAAGAUCCACUACAAAAGAUGAUGACAAAGUGUCAGAAGAUACCACAGAUGAAACAUUAACUGAAGGGGAGAAAUCACGUUUAGUGGACGAUGACUCAGACAUGGAAUAUUUGGAAGGGAGUUCCACUUCAUUUCAAGAUGAUUACCAGGAAAGCACUGGAGAAUCUCAGCAUAUGGAAACCCCUGGCUCAGCUGCAGAAGAGGCAGAGGAGGAAGUUAAGAAGAAAAUACCAAACAGCUUCUUUUAUGAUUAUAUGGAGCUGGUUUCCAUGCCUUUUGUGACUCCGGAUUCGAACAUACCACUGGAUCUUCUCACACUGGUACAUUCCUUUGGUUAUGACUGCAAAAAGCGGGCCAACUUGCAGCUUCUGGACAGCAGUACCAUCAUGUACAUAGCUGGGAACCAGCUGAUCCUUCUGAAUCUGAAAACCAAGGAACAGAUGUACCUGCGAAGCAGCAGUGGUAGAGGAAUUGGUGUCAUUGGGGUUCACCCUGAUAAAACUUACUUCACCGUGGCUGAAAAAGGAAUUUCCCCAAAGAUUAUCAUCUAUGAGUACCCUUCCCUGAGGCCCUACAGAAUCCUUCGAGAUGGGACUGACCUGGGCUAUGCUUACAUGGACUUUAACUACAGAGGUACAUUGCUGGCCUCUGUUGGUGGCAACCCUGAUCAUACGUUGACCAUCUGGAAUUGGAAGGAGGAACAGCCCAUACUGAGGACAAAAGCUUUUUCUCAGGAAGUUUUUAAGGUUACUUUCAAUCCUGAAAAUGAUGAACAGCUUACUACAUCGGGAUCAGGCCACAUCAAAUUCUGGGAAAUGGCUCAAACAUUCACUGGUCUCAAGCUUCAGGGUUCACUAGGUCGAUUUGGGAAAACAACCACUACUGAUAUAGAAGGUUACAUGGAGCUCCCAGAUGGGAAGGUGCUCUCAGGGUCAGAAUGGGGCAACAUGCUGGUGUGGGAAGCUGGCCUCAUCAAAGUCGAGCUCUGUCGAACUGGAACUAAGUCCUGUCACCAGGGUUCCAUCAACCAGAUAAUGCUAGAUGAGGGAGAAGUUAUCACUGCUGGGUCAGACGGAUGCAUUAGGAUAUGGGAUUUUGAGACCAUAGACACUGCUGAUAUUAUAGAUGAGACUGGAUUGCUAGAGAUUGAGCCCAUUAAUGAACUUCAAGUAGACAAGAAUGUUAAACUCUUCUCUAUGAUAAAAAUGAAUGAAACUGGAAGUAACGUUUGGUUGGCUCAGGAUUCCAGUGGAGCCAUAUGGAAGCUUGACCUUAGUUUUUCAAAUAUCACACAAGAUCCAGAAUGCCUCUUCUCCUUCCAUUCUGGAGCCAUUGAAGCCCUGGCCGUCUCUCCUCUCACUUACCUUAUGGCCACUACUGGCUUGGACUGCUCUAUUCGAAUCUAUGAUUUUGCCAGCAAAACUCCUCUGGUUCAUGUGAAAUUCAAACAAGGAGGCACUGCCCUUGCUUGGGUUCCCCGACUGGUUAGCUACACUGGAUCACAGAUUGUUGUAGGAUUUGAAGAUGGGGUUGUCCGAGUUCUUGAACUUUAUGAUCCGAAGGGGCUCACAAUUUUUGCAGGACGGAAGAAAUUCUUAGAUGCAGAUCUCCAUUUGAGACAUGUUUUCAAACCCCAUACUGCUCAGGUCACUGCUUUAGCCUUUGAACGUGAUGGAGAAAUUCUAGCCACGGGGAGUAAAGAUAAAACUGUGUUCUUCUUUGAAGUGGAAAAGGAUUAUAAACCAAUAGGUUAUAUUACUACUCCUGGACCUGUUUGCCAGUUAAUGUGGUCUGGGAUAUCUCAUCCUGAUAGUACUUUACUGAUUAUCUGUGAGAAUGGCCAUGUUCUUGAAGCUCCAUUUCCAACCAUAAAAGAGGAAGUGGAGGACCAAGAUGUAGUUUCCUAUGAAAUCAAAGACAUGUGCAUAAAAUGUUUCCAUUUCUCAAGUGUCAAAUCUAAGAUUCUGAGAUUAAUAGAAAUUGAAAAGAGAAAGAGAGAGAAGGAGCUGAAGGAGAAGGAAAAGGAAGAAAGGAGGAAGCAGUUAGCAGCAGAGAUGGGGAAAGAAGGAGAAAAGGAAUCCCAGGAGGAGGAGCAGAAGGAGGAGGAAGAGGAAGAGAAGCCGUUACCUGAAAUCUUCAUUCCAUCAACCCCCUGUCACAUCCUCUGUGGAUUUUACUCUGGGCCAGGGAAGUUCUGGGUUUCUUUGGGUGGCUAUGAUGCUGGUAUUCUAUAUCACUGUGAGUUUCCUCCAUAUGACAAAAACAGUGAUAUCACAGAAAAGAAAGAUGAGCCCUUUGAUUUCCGUUUUCUUGAGGAUGCAGAAGAUAAUCCCAUCCAAACCAUCACUUUCAGUUUUAACAAAGAUAUGAUGUUUUGUGGAAUGCAAGAUGGAGCAAUUCGAAUCUAUAUCCUAAGUCAGAAUGACUCAUCAUUGACCAGUAUGGAAAACUACUGGCACUUUAAUAUCCAUGACAAUAAUUAUGGAUGUAUUAAAGGCAUUUCUACUAGCUAUGAUGACCGAUUUUUGGUGACUGUUGGAGCAGAUGGUAAUAUCUUUGUUUUCAGCAUUUUUUCUGUAUUUGAGUUAAGGAAAAGCAUGAAAGCCAAAGUGCCAUCUCCCAGGUUUGGACUUGAAACAGAGCCAAUUCCAGAAGAUAUUGAAGAUCCCAAAGCCUACAGUAUAGAGAAUGCCAGAAGAAAAAGAGAACAGGACAAGCUAAUGAAAGAAGUGGAAGAAAUAAAGGCCAGGAAGAGAGAACAACUCAGAGCUUUGAGGAAUCAAUUUCAGAAACUGUUAGAAAUUAAUGAAGAAUUACCAGAGCAUAUGCAGUUUAAAAGGACAGAUUUUGAUGUAGAUUCUAAAAUUCGUGCUGAGAUUAACAGAAAAACAGUUCAUAAAAUUCAGCAAGUGGAAAAGGAAUUGGCUUGGGAAAAAGAGAAACAUGAACUUGGCCUAAUGAAGCUACAGAAUAGGUUUCUUGACUCAUUGGAAAGUGAUACUAUUGUGGUUCAUGCCAUACAGAGUGAUCACAAGAUAUCCUCCUACAGGCUUACAAAGCCUUCCAAGUACUCCAAAUUCAAACGGGCCAGUCAGUCAGACAGACGAACAAGCAAAUUGGAGAGGUUUGAAAAAGAGGGAACUGGAAGAAGUGAUAGCCAGAAAGAUAUAGGUGGGAGUAUUAGUGUGCCAGAAGAAUCAAUUAUAGAAAAAGGGAAGCUAUUUCGGCCUAAAACCCUAAGUCAAAUUAUGGUGGAAAAUCAGAUUGAGAAAACAAGAAAACUUAUAUUAAAAGCUGAAAGGGCACGGCAGAAGAUUCAGCAGCGGAAAAAACAAUGGGAGGAACUGUACAAGAGUAAACCUGCUGAUGACUAUGAAGAUCCCAAAGAUGUUCAAGCCAUCAAAGAGGCUCAGGUGUAUAUGGGAGACUUCAAUCUGAAGACAGCCCCAGACUACAAGAUACCUGAGCACAUGAGAAUAAAUGCUGCCAAGAAAGAAGAGGAACUGGGACAGUUAGACUCUAUGACUCAUUCAAAGAAAAUGCACAUGAACAAGUGCAUCCUCUCUCUUCGAGACCUUAAAGUGGCUGUCAUCGAGGAAAUACAGUGCCUGGUACAAGAACUGAAGAACAUUCAGUCAACUCUUCACGUAUCCAAGCACAUCCCCAUUCCGAAAAUCCCUCAGAUACACCCGGAAGAAGUUCCUGAAAAGAGAUUUCACUAUGAUGAGGAAAUUCUCCUAGCUUUUAAGCAACAGAAGAUGAAAAAUGAGAAUGAAAAUGUCCCUCAAAUGGAACGGGCAGGGUCUACAGGCGCAAAUAGAGGAUUCCUUAGAAUCUCUUCUUUAAAGGACGGGGAUUUGACAACACGAGAGUCAUUGUCUAGAUCAUCAAAGGCAUCAACAUUCAUUCUAGAAAUUUCAAAGUUAACAGAAUUUGAAAAAGCAGAUCCAAUUGAUGUAGAGCUGGAGAUUAUGAAGAGAAAUGAGAUUAAAAACAUGUACAUGCAACAGUAUUUGGCCAACAGGAUCAAAGAACUGAUUGUCACUUUUGAUGCAGAACUCCGUCUCCUGAGACAUCAGAAGCUGAAACUAGAUACUCAGAUGAAACUAUCUGACCUGCACCAUGUCACAUUAUUUCAAGAAAUGCUUCUCCUCAAGAAUUUUGAAAAACAGGAGAACAUACUUCAAAAGAAUGUUAAUUCAUUAGACAAAGAGGAACAGGACAUGCAAUGGAAAAUAAAUGAAACUCUUAAGGAGAUGGAAGAGAAAAAGAAUGAAAUUACCAGGCUCCAGGACCAAGAAAAGGCACUCUAUGCUGGUUUCCAGACUGCCCUUGGAGAGAACAAUAAAUUUGCUAACUUCCUCAUGAAGGUCCUAAAAAAGAAGAUAAAGCGGGUGAAGAAAAAGGAGGUUGAAGGAGAUGCCGAUGAAGAUGAGGAGAGUGAUGAAUCAAGUGAGGAAGAAUCCAGCUUGGAGAGUGAUGAAGAUGAGUCUGGAUCUGAAGAUGAGGUUUUUGAUGAUUCUAUCUGCCCAUCAAAUUGUGAUGUGGGUCUUUUUGAGCUGGCGCUCCAACUUCGAGAGAAAAGGCUGGACAUUGAGGAGGCCUUAGUUGAAGAAAAGAAAAUGAUUGAUAACCUCAAAAAAGAAUAUGACACAUUGUCCAAAAAAGUCAAAAUUGUGGCGACUAACCUGAACGCAGCGGAAGAGGCGCUGGAGGCUUAUCAACGAGAGAAGCAGCAGCGGCUGAAUGAACUGCUGGUUGUGAUUCCGCUUAAGCUCCACCAGAUAGAAUAUGUGGUCUUUGGAGAAAUACCUAGUGAUCUUUCUGGAACUUUGGUCUUUUCCAACCGCUCGUUGGGACGGCUGCAAGAACGCAUUGUACAGCUCCAGGAGGAGAAUUCCAAGCAGCAAAAGCUUAACAAAGAAUGGCGGGAGAGACGGAAACAGCUUAUUCGAGAAAAGAGAGAGAUGGCAAAAACUAUAAAUAAAAUGGAAGAAACAGUCCGUCAACUAAUGAUCAGCAAGUUUGGCCGUGUGAUAGACCUAGCAGCUCUUCAGACACUUUCUGUGAAUACAACACUUGAAGAACUCAAAAUCAAAAAACUUCGAAAGGAGCUAUUGAAUGCAAAGGAGAUGAAGAAAUGGGAGGAAAAGAUUGCUCAAGUGCGACAGGAACUGAUGAUGAAGACGGAAGAACACACCAAAAAGCUUCACCAGAUGAAUGACUUAUGUAUUGAAAAGAGGAAACUUGAUUCUCGACUGAAUACACUACAGAACCAGCAGGGCAAUGCCUUCCAGAGCCCACGGAAAGCAGAUAUUGUGGCGAGAGAGAAGGUCACUGAGAUGAUCCAACUCCAGGCUGAAAGGAUUCUAGCCCUAAAGAAAGAGAUUGCCCUUUUGCGGAAGAAAGGCGGCCUUAUCCUCCCGCCUAUUCAGUCUGCACAGGAGAAGAGAUGA